AUGAACGCACCCGACCGUUUCGAACUCUUCGUCUUGCCCGAUGGCGUCAAGAAGCUGACGAUUACACCAGAUACAAAGAUCCCCAACGCAGCAACAUUCAAGAUCGAGAAGGAAGACCACACCCUCGCCAACAUGCUCAGGAUGCAAUUGCUGGAGGAUCCCAAGGUGUUGUUCGCAGGAUACAAGAUGCCUCACCCCUUGGACCACUACUUCAUCCUCAAGGUCCAAACAACGCCCGACACCAACCCUGCACACGUCCUCGGAAACGCCGUCACAGAACUCAUCCAGACCGUCGGAAGCAUGAAGAACAAGUUCGAGAUGGAUUUGAUCCGCGCUCGGUCAGACGCUUCGAAGGUGGAUAAUGGCGAGGGCGAAGAUUUGUCGUCUCACCAGGUCGACAUGGACUUCUAA